UUAAACUAUUAAGUCUUUGUUCUCUAACAGAUAAUAUCAUUCAUGGUAAUGUGCAUUAUUGCUGCUGUCUUGACUCCAUGCAGCCUUUCGUUUGGGAUCAUUUAUGCCACAACAAUCCCAAGAUACUAUUACGAAUAUGACUAUUACAGAGGAUAUAACCAAUAUCGUCCUUAUCAUUCUAACAACUGGAAUGAUUCUAUAAUUGCCAUAUCUGCUAUCAUGGCUAUAUUAUCAUGCGUUGAAGCUGUCGUCGCCAUUGUAUGCUCUGCACUCUGCUGCAGAGCAGUUUGCUGUUGUAGGAAAAAAGAAACAUUCAUCCAAGUGUACGAUCCCGCCACUCAGAGAGUUACUUUUAUUCCAAUUGUGCGUCACCAGAAUUUGAUGAUUGCGCCUUACGGUUCUGCCUUAGCACCCUAUAACCUUGCAGCACCUUAUAACCCUGGAUCGACAUAUAAUCCUGGAUCGACAUAUAAUCCUGGAGCCGCAUAUAAUUCUGGAGCCGCAUAUAAUCCAGAGGCGGUUGGACCAGUUCCAUCAACGGAUGUGGUUCCACCCUAUGACCAAUCUUUCAUUGGUUCACAACAAAAUAAUUUGCCAUCUUAUGAUGACAGCACUAAAAAAAGUGGAAACAAAGCUUUUGAAUUUUCAUAAAUUUGAACAGCUCUUUGAUAUACGAAUUUCAUUUUUACUUACAAAUGUUUAUGAACGUAAACCUUUUAAUCAAAUCUGUAGAGACAACUGUUUAAUUGACAUUCAGCUUAGCGAAUCAUUUUUGUUGUAGACUUGUUACUUUGUUAACGAUCCAGAUGCACAAUGCCUUUCUAUUUAAACUUGCUUCUAUUUAAUUUUAUACUUAAUUUUGUUAAACUUACUCAAUUUUACAAUUUUUGAAGUUAUUAAAGUGUUUUAUUUUAAAAAAUAAAAA